AUGCACCUUGAUGAAGACGUAGGUGAUGAUGAUGAUGGUGAUACGGUCAAUGACGAUUUAGACCUAGAACUGUCAAAUGAUGAUAGUAUACAGCCACAACUGUCAUUUGUAUCCCCUUCCGGACAUGCCAUUGAUACCUCUGUCCACCUGCAUGAUUACUGCAUGGGACCAGUACUACAGCCACAGAAUCAGUCCUUAAGAUGUUGUGACACACAGACUGAGAACAACUGUGCAGUGAUGGAAGUACAAACUGAAGAAAGUUUCCUGGGAAAAACAGCAGACUUCAGUUCACAAACAGAACAUUCUACUAGAGACUUUGGUGUACAAUGUCAGCUACCUAUGCUCACAUAUGAUGACGUAAAAUACAAUGACGAUUUGGUCAGUUUUUACACCGGAAUCCCUAAUCGAGUUGUGUUUGAAGCUUUGUUUGAUGAAAUCAAGGAUGAAGCUGAAGUGCGGACAUCAAGGCGGAAACUUAACUAUAAAGAUUCAGAUGGAGGACGGCCAAGAACUCUAAGUGUUCUGGAUGAAUUUUUCAUGGUGCUUAUGCGCCUACGUCUAGGUCUGUUAUUUGAAGAUCUAGGUACUAGGUUUUGCAUAUCCACUUCACAAUGUAGUGACAUUGUUGAAAGAUGGAUCAACUAUUUACAUGUACAAUUAUCCUUUCUUGUUCAAUGGCCAUCUCGUGAGGUAGUGAAAAAUAACAUGCCUGAACAAUUUAAAGAGAAAUAUUCUAACACUAGAAUUAUUAUCGACUGCACUGAAAUUUACAGUGAAACAUCCAGUUCUCUUUCUUUGAAAAGUUUAAUGUACAGUGAUUACAAGUCUCACAUGACUCAUAAGAUUUUGGUGGGUAUAAGCCCAAAUGGUGUUGUAACUUUUGUUUCUGACUGUUGGGUGGGCUGUACCAGUGACAAGAAACUCACAGAAAAAUGUGGACUCUUGGACUUGCUUGAAGAAGGAGACGCCAUAAUGGUUGAUAAGGGUUUCACUAUUACAGACCUUACUACUCCAAGAGGCAUUCAUCUCAUUAUUCCACCAUUUAAACAGAAAGGAAAACAAUUUUCUAAACGUGAGGUUCUCCUUACAAAAGAUAUUGCAAGUUUACGAAUACAUGUCGAAAGGUUUGACAAAAAUGGAUAA